AUGGAAUAUAUGAUUGUGGGUUUGAUCCUAGCUAUGCUGUUUUGGGUGGGCAGUUGGGUUUUGGAAGGAAAGCAGCGGAAGCCGGUGGAAACUAACGUGGGGUUUCAGCUUCAGCUUCCACCUGGACCAACGUCUUGGCCUGUGGUUGGCAACAUUUUCCAACUGGGUUGGUCACCGCACGAGUCCUUUGCCCAACUGGCUCGUAAGCAUGGUCCAAUCAUGACCCUCUGGUUAGGGUCCAUGUGCACCGUGGUCGUAUCCUCUAGCCAAGUGGCUCGGGACAUGUUCAAGAACCACGACAUGGUUCUGGCUGGCAGGAAGAUAUAUGAGGCUAUGAAAGAUGAUUACGGCCACGAGGGUUCUCUCAUAACGUCUCAAUACGGCCCGCACUGGAAGAUGCUGAGGCGCCUGAGCACCACCGAGUUCUUCGUCACGAGCCGGUUAGACGCCAUGCAAGGGGUUCGCAGGAAGUGCAUAGACCGUAUGGUUCACUUCAUUGAAGAAGCCGGUGCUGGUGGUGCCUCUAUUGAUAUUGGGAGGUUUUUUUUCUUAAUGGCUUUUAAUCUCAUUGGGAACCUCAUAUUCUCAAAGGACUUGCUGGACCCUGAAUCAGAGAGAGGGCAAAAAUUCUUUUAUCACGCGGGGAAGGUGAUGGAGUUGGCUGGGAAGCCAAAUGCUGCAGAUUUCUUGCCAUUUUUGAGGUGGUUUGAUCCUCAGGGAAUAAAGAGGAAGUCCCAGUCUCACAUAAAGCGAGCCUUUGAGAUUGCCGGCUGCUUCAUCAGAGAAAGGAUGGAGACUUGUAGAGGCAGUUGCCAAUGUGCAGAUCAUGACAAGAGAAAAAAAGACUUCUUAGACGUGUUGCUGGACUUUCGUGAAGAAGGAGUCAAAGGCACCUAUAGUUUUUCUCCAAGGACUAUUAAUGUGAUUGUCUUCGAAAUGUUUACUGCGGGAACAGACACGACUACAAGCACACUAGAGUGGGCGAUGGCCGAGCUGUUACACAAUCCAAAAACUCUUCAGAAAGUGCAGGCUGAGCUGAGGAGCAAACUAGAACUAAACAAGAAGCUGGAGGAGAAGGACAUAGAGGACCUUCCUUAUCUUAAGGCAGUGAUCAAGGAGACGCUGAGACUUCACCCACCUCUUCCUUUCUUGGUGCCUCACAUGGCCAUGGACUCUUGCAAGAUGUUAGGUUAUCACAUCCCAAAAGAGACCCAAGUUCUUGUGAACGUUUGGGCAAUCGGGCGGGAUCCGAAUUCUUGGGAAGACCCCUUAACGUUCAGGCCAGAGAGGUUCAUGGAGGCAAACAAGAUGGACUACAAGGGGCACCAAUUCGAGUUCAUACCAUUUGGCUCAGGACGAAGAAUGUGCCCUGCGGUACCGCUUGCGUCUCGUGUGCUUCCCUUGGCUCUAGGCUCGAUCUUGCACGCUUUUGAUUGGGUUCUAGCGGAUCGGGUUAGGGCCCAGGAUAUGGACAUGACUGAGAAAAUGGGAAUCACGCUAAGGAAGGCUCUUCCCCUCCGAGUCAUCCCAGUUCCUCACAAAGGACAUGCCGCUCUGCGUUUAGAAGUUUGUCAGUAUUUGUACAUAUCAGUUCUCAAGCCUGCUUUGAACUUCAAUGGGAUGGGGUCUAAAGCUGCAGCAUGUAAUCAUUGA